AUGAUGGCAGUUACCCCUGCUAAUGAAACUAGACACCUAAUUGAACUCUCUGAAUUGUAUCAAUAUACUCAAAUUGAUUAAGGAGCUUACACGCGUCACUUCAAGUUCUAAAUCACUUAUCGACUUAUUUCUUGCCAAUGAGGCGGUCAAAUUUGCUACAUUAGGUGUAUCUCCUAUUGGUUGCAGCGAUCAUAGUUUGAUCUAUGUUUCUUGUAAAUUAACAUGCCCUAGGUCGAUCCCGAGAAUCAUUGAAUCGCGACAAUAUAAAAAUUUGUGCCUGAUGACUUUGUGA